AUGUCCGGCCCAGCGUCUCUUCCAGUCAAAUUGACGCCUGCCAAUAUAAGACCCAUAGCAUAUCGAAUCUUGUCAAAAAAACAUGGUCUCAAUAUUCAAACAGAUGCCCUCAGUGUUCUUACAGACGUGAUCGGUCUUCGCUUCGGUGCCGAAUGGAAGGGCCCAAGAACCCAGCACUUUAUUGAAGAAAUUGCAAAAGCAUGGAAGCUUCAAGAUAGAGGAAUCUUUAUCGAUGGACCAAAUCUAGAGCAAGUUGUGAACGAGUUAAGCAAGGACAAGAGCCUCGGCAAGGAGGGCCCUCAGAAGGCUCUGCGUUCUGAUACUCUAAUGGAUAUCGACUCAGAAUCUCAUGAGAACAACGGCGAGGUUCUCAUCAAGUGGACCGACUACUUUGCCUUCAUAACACCUGAUAACCAGCCAAAUUUUGUAUUUGACAGGGUCAGGAAACAGUUCAAUUCUAAGCCUGCUGUGGGCUCCAAGUUGAAUAGCACGCUCCAGGCAUCCAUAGACUAUUUUAACUCAAGAUACCACCUUAUCGUUGAUCGUCUUUCAAGGCAUGAAAACUUUCAAAAGCAGUCUUUCUCAAGUCUAGCUGCUGUCAAUAGCACCUUGAACAGAGACGAAUUGAAGUAUGAGAUCACUCUCAUAAAGAAUGUGUUGGGUCGUGAUGGUGGAAAGUUCAUCUUGUUUGGUCUUCUAUCUACAAACAUAAACGGUAAUUACAUCCUUGAAGAUGCUACAGAUCACAUUGAGCUUGAUUUCAUGCACACUCUACCCACGGAAGGCUCAUUCUAUACAACAGGAAUGUUUCUCAUUGUAGAGGGUAUUUAUUCCGCUUCUGGAGGAUCUAUGAAUAAUGACGCUAAUGUCAUAAGUGGUCGUUUUCACGUGUCUAAUAUAAGUCACCCUCCUGCUGAAAGACGAGAUGUUGGUCUCAAGACCUAUGGUUACUUAGACUUCAUGGGAAUCCAUGGUCAGGUAUCUUCUACCUUGAGUGGAGGCGGGAAACUUGAUAAACCUCUUAGAAAGAAACUAAGUGCAUUAGAAAAAGCACUAGGAAAUCACAAACUAAUAUACCUCGGAGCAAAUUGCUUCCUUGAUGAUAGAAAAAUCAUGACCGGAUUAAAAAAGUUCUUCGGACAGCUAGAAAACAGCCUCAUCGAACAACAAGGUACUGAGGAUCAAGACUCUCCCUUGGCUAUCGUCAUGACGGGAUCUUUCUGUUCCACGCCGCUUACGGCAGUAAAUGGAUCAAACACUCAAGUGUCGAACUCAGAAAACUACAAGAGCAAUUUCGACGAGUUAGCGGCUCUUUUAACGAACUUUCCAGUUGUCAUCAAGACCUGUAAGUUAGUCUUGAUGCCGGGGCCCAACGAUCCGUGGCAAUCGUCAUACUCACUAGGCAGGGAAAGCUUAACUAACUUGCCUCAGAAGCCCAUUCCAAAGGUUUUUUUGACUCGUUUGGAGCGUCUCCUUCCGAAAGGAAACCUUAUUUACGGAGGAAACCCUAUGCGGAUAAAUUAUAUCUCUCAAGAAAUUGUGCUUUACAGAGACGACCUCAUGAAUAAACUCAAGAGAAAUGACAUAUUGUUUCAAGAGCAGCUUGACGCGAUGGCUGAGGCAGAUAAAGAGAACCAAGAGGAGGGCUUGAAUGUCAAAGAUAUGGUGGGAAAUCAAACAGGCUUCUUAAGUCCGAAGAUUAGACAAGCCCGUCAAUUGGUCAAAACUAUUCUUGAUCAAGGAAACUUGCAGCCUUUUUUGAAAGAUUUGAAAGUAAUUGAUCCAAAUUACCAUCACGUCCUACGUAUUGAACCUUUACCCACGUCACUAGUGCUUUUUGAUUCACGGUUUGAAUCCUUCGAGGUGACAUACAAUGGGUGCAAGGUUGCAAAUAUCGGUAAUUUGAUCAGCAACAAGAACACAAAAAAAUUGAAUUUUGCUGAGUAUUAUCCAAGCAAUAAGAGUUACAUAUUCAGGGAACAAUAUUUCUAG